AUGACGCUGUCAUACCAUGCUCUGAUCCUGACGGGGCAGGUGGACUACCGCUUUGUGUGGGGAGGCCGGCUGAAGAGCAAGGAGCAGAUGUACGUCUUCGAGACCGUCUCCGUGUCCCUGAAUCUGAUCAUGGUGCUCUUGGCGCUCGCCCGUGGGGGCUGGCUGAACGCGUGCCCCUGCCUGCCGCCCGCCGUGCUGCGAGUCGUCUGCGGGAUCUUCUGCGCCCUCUUCGCGCUCAACACCCUGGGGAACCUUGCGGCGAAGUCGAACUUCGAGCGGGGCGUGUUCACCCCGCUGACGUUGCUGGCCUCACUGGCCUUCGCGCGCCUGGCGCUGGAGUGA